ACCCAACCUUCAGAACUCCUAAAACCAUAUCUUACAUAUAAAGAUGACCACAGUGAUGAGUCUGUUAUCCGAGAAUCCAGUUGUGAUCUUCAGCAAAACAACGUGUUAUAUAAGCCACUCGAUCAUAGCGCUCAUAAGAAAAUUUGGGGCCAACCCAACUAUUUAUGAGCUUGACGAGCUUCCUAAUGGACAAGUAAUAGAGCGGGAAUUAAUGGGGUUCGGAUGCAGCCCGAGUGUCCCAGCUGUGUUUGUAGGGAAGAAGUUCGUUGGAGGUGCUAAUGAGAUAAUUAGUAUCAAUUUGGAAAGCAAGCUUAAACCACUACUCAUCAAGGCCAACGCUAUAUGGAUGUAACCUUGAGGGUCAACUCAACUGG